AUGGAGAUAACAUAGAGUUUAUAUGCGCAAGAGAACUUCCUGAAGUUGGAGAGUUUAAAAAAUGGUCGCCAGCAGAAAUUCAAAAAAUAAAGAAAGGAAAAAAGAUUGAUAAACCUGAAUUACAAUAUAUAAAUCAUACCGAGCCUUCUAAUUUGUGA